ACGUAACAAAUAACGUCACGUAAAUCUAUUAAAAAUUAGUUUCCGGUGGAAAAAAAGGCAGGCAUUUUUUAAUUACGGAUUGCCAAUGAGAGGCUAUUUAUGACAAGACUAGUGUUCAUCGGCGUUUACUUGCUUUUUAGUGCCGUGGUCGCUGGAGAAAGUGAUGUAUGCAGCAGCGUCGAGGACAAUCCAUGUCGGAAUUUUCCCCUGUCUUUGUUAGACUGGUACAAAGAUACCAAUGAAGCCGACAUCGACGGUUCAGUUCCCGACGACGUAAAGUUUCUAAACAGCGACGGCUCCCUGUCAGUUAUUGGGCGUCUUUUACUUUUCCCUGUUUGCUAUUUCGAUGAAAGCUACUGUGUCGAAUAUGGCCAAGGUGCCGACGAAAAAUGGAGCGUGAUUAAAGUGUGCCAAAAUAGCGACGAAACGUGUUUACUGGAAUACACAAUUGAAACAGGUUGGCAUGCUCUACAUGGCAUUAUAGGAUCUAUACGACAGGCCAAUUUAGUAUCACCUGCAAAUUGCUUACAGAUUUUGUACGGCAUAUACUCAAACACAGUAUCUAGUCUACACUUUGUGCUUUCUUUUGUGAAAUCAAGCUUUAUAACAAUGGCGGCAAAUGUUACAGGGUUAAAUCUGCUAGAUUGUAGAGUAUUGGGGAUAAUGGAAGUCAUCCAGGAAGUGUUUAGAAACAUCACGUGGGCCAUGAUACGUUAUGCCGUCGUCGGUAUAAUUGCCGUUUCCCUGUUCCCGUCCACUAGGCAGAUAAGAAAAUAUACAAUGAAAGCCGUAGGUGCAACGAAGUAUUUGUGUGGGCCAUCAAAAGAAAAGAAUUGGUGUAAACCAUCUCUGAGUACAAUAGAAAACACUGCAGUAAACUCGGGGUUGAUAGGGGCAACAACUGUCAUUGGAAGUUUAGGACCUCUAUCUGUUGGAAAUGUCCAAAUGCUGAAAGAACAUUAUCCGAUGUGUGAAUAUUUUGAUAUACAAGAAUGCAAUUGUGGUGGUAGACCUGACAGUAAAGAGCCAAAAAUAAUAAGCACAAUGACCGACAAGCCCUUUGGUUCCUCUUCAAAAAAAGAAUUAGAACCAGUUUCUCGUGCAGAUGUUAUUGCCGACCCUGAAAUCAUAGAAGAUAUCAAAUGUCACAAAGAUAUCCAUGAACCUGAAAGUGUGGAAAUUUUACCAGAAUGGGUUCAAAUGGCAGUUGGUGGAAUUCAUGUAUCUGACACAAAUGUACUAAUCGACAACAUUUGCAAAAAUGACUGUGAUCCAGAAACCUGUCCUCUAAAACAACUUACAGAACCAAAAGGUAGUCCUUGCGAUGUAUCAACGAAUGAGAGUGAAAUAUACGAAGAAUCGGUGGAGAAAAUAUCACACACUACAACAGCCAAUCUUGUAAACAGUUCUCCGAAAAAGGUCCAGUUUAAUAUUGGAAUCCCGCUGCAUAAUGGUGACUCUCUUGAUAUUGAUUCAGAAGAGGAGCCUUUCAUCAAAAAUCUAAACGAAAGCGACAUAAGUGACAUAGAGUCACCUUAUCUAAACUCAAGCUUCAAGGAGGACUCUCCCUAUGUAACGGCCAACUCUGUGCCGUACGAAGACCUUCUGGACCGGGGAGAUGGUGCCAUAUUCUCCACAUUGACUAGAAGGUCCCCGUAUAUUGAAGAGGGACUAGGUGACCUGUCUACCGAUAUUAGUUUGAAGGACAGCGAACGCAGUAUUCUAGACUCGAGCAUUCUUGACGUAUCCGACUUAAACAGCAGUAUAUCAUUCAAUGCAGGAGAAGGGGUAAUUGAAGUUGCAACUUUAUUUGCAUUGCAAACAUUUUGGCGCAUAGUUAAACACGCUUGGCAGGACGGAAAUGCUGACCGAAAUAUCAACAACGUCUCAAUACAAGAAAAAGAAAGCGGACUAUACGUUAUUAGGCAAAAGAAUAAAAGCAAAGACUACCGAUCACCUAUUCGUACAACAUACAAACGAAGGGCAGAAAUUCUCAGAGAGUUAGAUGAUAAUAAUAAUAAUAGCACCGAAACUUUAUUGUAUUACGAAGUUACCAAUACUUUACGCAAAGGCAAAUUGCUCCAGCCAUCAACAUUAAAGGGACAAAAUAAACACAGAACAAACGAAGCUUUCAGCAAAUGGAAUGAUUGUUGUCAUCAAUCGCAGAACUUAAGUAGGGAGACUGAUUCGGGAGCAAAGCUUAGACAAGAUGCAUCUGUUAAUGACGAAGAACACAUUGAUAAUCCGAAUUUUAAUAACAAUGCUCGUCAUAGUAAGAGAAAAAGAGGUCAUACAAAACGACGUUCUGAUAGCGGUAGUAAAGCCGAUUGUGAGGAAUGUGAUUGUUCUGAUGGCGGUGUACAAAAGAGAGGUCGCACCGUCUACAAAACGCGCGAAACUCUGGAUAAAUGCCAUGCGAAGAAACAUGACCAAGUCAUCAACAGUGACAUUUGUCCUGAAAUAAAUAGAGAUACUCAUAAAAGUCACGUUGCUAAGAAAAAACAAGUUGCUAAAAAAGGUCAAGGAUCUUCAGCGCAUAAUCGAAAGAAACGGCGCAGGCGCAAACACACUUCAACGCAAAAGAGAAAUAUACCCAGUGACGUACAAGAAACAAUAGAUAGACUCACACGUGACUUAACUAAUGCAUCAAUGAACGAUCAUAUUGGUAAUUAUGUUGGUGAUUCGAGCGAUGACUUUGCAGACGACUCUUUCAGCUCAUCUGAUGAAAAAUCCGGAAUGCUUUGCCAUUCGUUACAUAAGAAAAGUACACAAACGCCUGCAUGUACGCAGAUAUGUAAAGAAGGUUUGCGAGUGUCAAGUGCUACAUCAUGUGGCCAAAACAAGACGUGUUCUUGCAGAAACUGUAAACGUCAUCAGGUGAAUGAUAUCAUACAUAAACGGGAAUCUCAGAGGCGUAAUAUUUGGGAGCUUAAAGAAUACACGCACAUUUCCAAAGAUGACGUCACAUCAAAUAUUCUUGCCUGGGCCUGGUCAUGUGUCGAAAAGUUAUAAAAAAAUUUGCAUUUU